AUCUCUCUCUCUCUCUCUCUCUCUCUCUCUCAACGCAACUAACACAGAUAAAUAAGACCUUCAUCCCGGCUCUUUUUCUCACCUUGUCUACCUAUCUGAUCACUCUCAUUCUCUCCUUGUGUGUCCUUCAGAUCAAGAAUAAGAAGGAUGCCAAUUAGCACUCAUGGAAGAAACAUCAACCUUUGUUUCACAAAGAUCAAAUGGCCUCUCGCGCCCCAAUCCCCUAAUUCCAUGAGUCCCGUCCCACAGCUCCCAGAUCAUGAUCAUAACCAUGCAUUAGUACCCUCCACCACCACCUCACCAACCCUCAUUGGAAACUUCAACUCCCUCUAUGAUCAUCACACCUUUCAUGAGUUCUCCACCUCCAAAUCCCUCAGCAAGUCCUCCGCCGCCGCCUCCUCCUCCUACAAGCCCGACCCUACCGCCACCUACGCCGAAGACUUUGCAUCCGCCUUUGCCUCCCAUCGCUUCUUCUUCUCCUCACCUGGCCCCUCCAACUCCAUUGUUGAAUCCACCACUGAUGAAUCAAGCCUACCAUACAUUGCCCACGCCCAAGAACUAGUACCAGAGAAGUUGUUUGAAAACAGCGUGGCUGUCCCGACCUACUCUCCUGACCCCUACGCCGACUUCAGACGCUCCAUGCAAGAGAUGGUGGAGGCGCGUGAGUUAGUGGACGUGAAAUCCAACUGGGAAUUCUUGCACGAGCUUCUAUUAUGCUAUCUUGCACUCAACCCUAAGAGCACCCACAAGUUUAUUCUGGGAGCUUUUGCGGAUCUAGUAAUCAGCCUCAUGUCACAGCCACCGGGCGGCUGAGGAUAGGCUCGCGCCGCGCGCGGAUCCUUAUAAGAUUGCUACUCCAAUAACUGUGUAAUUUCAGUACAAUGGCGAAAUUAAUUAAAGCUCGGAAUCUAAUCUCCACCCAAAAAAAAUAAAAAAGUUAGGACAGUACGCAUGUAUAUGUAACGUGGCUAUCAGGAAAUGUUUGACGAUGUAGUCAUGGGCACACAACGUUGGUCCGAUCCAGCUUUUUUGUGUAGUUUAUAACUAAUUCAGCUUUAACCUUCA